AUGUCAACCCCACGCGUCUUCAUUGCCCGCCAUGGUGAGACCGAGUGGUCCCUGAGCGGGAAGCACACCGGCGUCACAGACAUCCCCCUCACCGCAGACGGCGAGAAGAGAGUCAGGGCCACCGGGAGGGCUCUCGUUGGCAACGACAGGCUCAUCGUGCCGAACAAGCUCACUCACAUUUUCGUCUCCCCGCGGAAGCGAGCCCAGCGGACCUUUGAGCUGCUCAACCUCGGCUUCAAGGACCUACCCUGGGACGCCCACGGCCCCGUCGGUGACGCCCCGGGCCUAGCCUGCAAUGCGCGCAUAGAAAUCACCGAGGACAUCCGCGAGUGGGACUACGGUGACUACGAGGGCAUCACCAGCAAACAGAUCCGCGAGCGGAGGAAGGAACAGGGCCUCGGCGAGAACUGGGACAUCUGGAGGGAUGGCUGCCCCGGCGGCGAGUCGCCCGAGCAGGUCACCCAGCGCCUGGACAGGCUGAUCGCCACCAUUCGCUCCGAGUACCAGGCGCCUUUCAUGCAGGAGGACCAUCCAAAGAAGGACAACUACUCCUCCAACGACGGUACGGGCGACGUGCUCGUCGUGGGCCACGGGCACAUCCUGCGCGCCUUCGCCAUGAGAUGGGUGGGGAAGACGCUUCAGGAGGGGCCGACCUUCCUGAUGGAGGCUGGCGGUGUGGGUACUCUUAGUUACGAGCACCACAGCGUCGACGAGCCGGCUAUACUGCUCGGCGGCGCCUUCCGGCCUUGGGCCGGCCUCCUUGAUGGCCAGCGCGAUGAUACAGACCCGGAAGGAGGCGGUGCCAAGCUCUGUGAUGCCGACGUCCCCGAAUCCACAGACUCAGAAGGAGGUGGUGCCAAGCUCUGUGAUGCCGACGUCCCCGAACCCGCAGACACCCAGAAGGUCUUGUCCGAGACCGCAAGGCAGGCCAAGUUGGAGGACCAGGCACGGCACCUGGUUACCACGGAGGCGAGGGCCAAUGCCACAUGGUACCGAUUUAUGGCCCCAAAAGUCCCAUGGAACGAAAUCCACGCCCUGAAAACCAGGGUCCGGGUGUUGAGCGAGUCGCUGGAGCGUCUCGGGCAGCGCGACUCAGCGGCUGGUGGUCCGCAAAGCGAGGUGACCACGGCCGACGAGGGUAAGGACACGCGGAAGACGGAGCAUGCACUGGCAUACCCACAUGACGGUCGCUUAAUGAAGGCCAAUCACCCCCUGAGCGACAAAUUCAAGGACCUCUUCACGCAACAUCUGGCAGCGGACGCUGGAACCCAGGACAGCUGCCCCGAAGGCGGUGGCAAGGCGGGAAUGUCGCCCCCGUCAGCACGACGGGCAAGCGACUCCGCGACGGCCGACGAGGCGGAAGGGAAGUUGGAUGGCAAGGCUGCGAAGAGGCCCGCGCCCUCCCCUGGCUUUGUCGGGGACACUCGCCCGACGGAGGAAGACCUCGAGGACUACCUUCGCAGAAAUGAUCUCCAAUAA